CUUUUCGAAACGGCGGCCGAGAAAGCCGCCUGUUCCACCGCUUGGCAAGGGGUAGCGGCCGGAACGCACACUCUCCAGCGUUGCCGUCGCGACCUCCCAUGGACAUUCCGGUAAAGAGCACGUUCUUUCCGCCCGUGCGGCUAUCGCCUCGAGAAACCAGCGCCUACUAUGCCAAGGCCACGCGUGCAUUGGACAAAGUGCGCGAGGCGGCCACCACAUUCUCGUGGAAGCGUGUCGAGAACAAAGAUGGCCUCGUUGUCGGCAAGGUGCACAUUGUGGAGCAGCAUGUGUCAGCAGCACCCCACCGCGUCGGGAAGAACACUGCUUGCCUGGUCAUGCGCGGAACGACAACUGUCCGCGCGACGGUGGCCGAGAUCGUGCACCUCCUAGGCGCCACCGACACCACGGACGCCCGCAAGUCCAUGAAUCGGUUGCAUGGCCGCAACUUUGUGGACACGAUGACGUUGGCGCGUAUCGAGUGCAGCGACGACAAGAUGGCGUCAUGCCGGGUUAAGUGGGCGGCGUACAAAGAGGUCGACACAAACGUCGACUACUGCUUCCUCGAAUACUCUGGCAUGGAGCUGGAUGUGCGUGGGAGUCCGCUGGGGUUUUGCAUCCAGGCGUCGAUCGACCGCCCGAAGGAAGUGCCGUCGUUAGCCGCUUUAGGCUUCCGACGGGACGAGUAUCAUCGCACGGGAUUCCUAGUGUACCCAUCCCUAGAGAACCCUGAAGCCGUACACGUGACUGCCAUCGUACAGGGCAGCUCGAGCGACAAGUCAUCGCUGGAGAAGGUCGAGUCCAACCUGCACCACCGCAUCAGUCGGGUCCUACUCAGUCUUCCCGACUUUGUGACCAUGCGCCGGCUCGGGGCGCUACCCGCAGUCGACCGAACGCAAUGGAUCCAAGAUUCCAGUCGCAGGUUCUGCGCCGUGUGCCUCAAAUCGUUUCAUUUUGCUCGGAAGCAUCACUGCCGCCUGUGCGGAGAAGUUGUGUGCGGGACGUGCGCCGCCCCGCGCGAAGUCGACAUUCCGUCGCUGGGUUCCAGUGCCCUAGUUCGAGUGUGUUCGGUGUGUGUGGGUCGAGCCCAUGCCGCAGCAGGACAACACGCAGCCAUCGCGGCUACUGCCCAACGCUUCCCGAGGCAGCGUCCCCGCCAGUCUUUGCAGCCGGCGACGUCCCCCUCGGCGCUUUCUCCCCCAUACGCUCAAGACGACGACUCAACGAACAAUCAACUGGCUGUGGAUGCAUUUGAUGUCGUGGACCGCAAAGCGCUGGCAAACCACUACAAGAGCCACCUCGACCACCACGAUGACGACACGGAUAGCCGUACGACACUUGGCACGAUCGAUGCGACCGAUGGCCAUGGCAACAUUGCGGAUUUUGAUCAACCAUUGGGGCCGCAGCAGCGGCUUCCAUCCACCCAUCGUCCCCAUCAACAUUUAACGACUACAAAUAAGGCGCAACACAUUCUGUUAGACUUGUCGGAGUUUGCGUCGAAUGUGCAGCAUCAGCGUCCACACACAAUCGAGUCGAGGCAAGACCAAGAUGUCCAGCAUUCCAAAGAGUCGACCGUCCUUGCAAACGCGCAAAACGUCCACGAGUUGAGCAUGCGGCUCACCAAGAUUCGAGAAAUGCUGAAUCAGAGCAUGCCCCAGCCACCACCGCCGCCGCCACCGGUCCAUUCGACAGCCUGGCUUGUCUUGAGUCCGUCGUCCGUGCAAAUGCAGCUCUUUCACGGCCAACAGGACCGCGCGUUUGAAUUGCUCGACGACAGCGACGACGAUGACGGCCAUAACGCUAUCCAGUCCGAGGGUCAGCCAAGGCCGCCGGUGCAAGGGAGCGAAUUGGAGACUCUAAACUCCGCGGACGACCGGACUUCGAGCAUCUUUAUUGGCGAUGACGGCACGGCUGACGACUUGAGCUACUCGUUGCAAGACGACGAGUGUUCGAAUCCACACGUAGAUGAGCGCCACUCCAUGUCGGGCGUUGACUCGAACGACGAAGGCAUCGAUAUCCACGGUGACUUCCACGACGACGACGACGACGAUCUACUUUACAGCCACACCAUGCUCGCAGGGUCUGCCAAGAGUCCUAUACACGUCCUCUCCGACAACGUGCCCAUCAAAGUCGAUGCCGCACUCGAGGCGGAUGUCACCAACUCCACUGCUGCCCCGGCGGCGGCAAAUGUUGACACGCGAGAUGGCCAAUCGAGGUCCGAAGUGGACGAGCUAAAGUCACAAUUAUCGGAAUUGCGCAAGCUGCUUGCGAAUGCCAACCAACGGUUGCAUGCGGUCGAAGCUACCGUGACGCAGUCGCCACACGUCAAAGCCGCCUCGACCAAAAUGGAAAAGGCCAUUCGUGUCGUGGAGCUGCAAACGGGCAAUGCCGCCACAGACCCGUGCGUCAUGCAGCGACGACACGCUCAUCGCGCGGUCGUGUUAGAGCUUCAAGCAAUUAUGGGGCUGGAAUGA